CUUGAACGCAAAGGAAGCUUCAUUGGAAUAAGAAUGCUCGACAAUUCUGCCCCCUCUCCGCAUCUACUGGACCUUCCAAAUUAACUCAACCCCCUCUUUCUCUCUCACUCCAAAUUAAUUAUACCUUAUAGUAUUAUAUAUGUAUAUAUAAAAAUAAUAAGCUAUAGUCUAAUGGAAGCAAGCACUCCCCCAUGUCAAGCUUCCGUAGCAGUAUUUCUUAUGCAUGCUUAGCACCUUCAAGCUGUCAAACCCUCAAAAGUCCAACUUCUUCUUCUUCUAAAACCCCAUUAUUGUUUGUCUUCAAAUUUUCCUUCUUCAAAAAACCCUCUCUCUCUCUCUCUCUCUAUCCAUGCAAUCAUUCAUAUCUCUCUCUACUUUAUCUCACCCAUCAUCAUGGCCAUGAUCAUCAGAUUCCAACAUCCACUAAGCUUCAUUCUUUGGCUCUUCCUCUUCUUGGUACUCUUUCAAUAUGUCUGGUUUGGUUCCAAAUCCAACAAUGAUAACAACGCCGUCUUCACCAACAACCAACUUCAGUUCUCUCUGUCUAGAAAUAGAAGAAUCUUAACAACUGGCCGAGGAUUUGACUUCACCCCGUUUCUCCACCACCACCAUCGUGGUCAUCAUCGGCGCCACCACCACCGGAGUCGCGUGCCGGAGUCAAAGGAAACCGAGAUUGAUCCACGUUAUGGUGUUGAGAAACGCCUUGUUCCAACGGGUCCAAACCCAUUGCACCAUUAAUGAGGUUCACAUACUUUGUUUUUUCAAUUUUUCACCGUGACAUAAUGUAAUUUUGUGUAUUCAUAAAAGGAGAAUUUGUCUAGCUCUAGUUAAAAAAAAAAUUGUUAUAUAUACAUAUAAUUCCUCUCUUUAUAAACUAAUAAGUUAUUAUUACUAUUAUUCA